UCCGGUGUCUUCUGGGACACAUGACAGGUCCCAGAAGGCUCCGGGCCAUUCACAAAGUGCAGCGCUUCUCGCGCAUGCGCAGUGGGCACCCGGCUGUCACAGAAGACGGCGCGGGAAGAAGAGGGAGGGACAACUCCGCGGAAGUGGGAGCGGGUACCUAUCAAAUUCAGUCUCUGGUCAUCUCCUGUAUUGUGUCUGCAGUCUCUGGUCAUCCCCUGCACUAUGUCCGCAGUCUCUGGUCAUCCCCUGUACUGUGUUCGCAGUCUCUGGUCAUCUCCUGUACUAUGUCCGCAGUCUCUGGUCAUCUCCUGUACUAUGUCCGCAGUCUCUGGUCAUCCCCUGUACUAUGUCCGCAGGCUCUGGUCAUCUCCUGUACUAUGUCUGCAGUCCAUUGGUUCAGAAUAUUUUUUUUCUUGUUUCCCGCCUCUAAAAUC